CGCGCAGGGGGCGGCGGCCUCGCCCCUUCUCUCUCUCGCCGCCUGGGUCGGGUGGGUGACGCCGAGCGCGAGAUGUCGGACUUCGACAGUAACCCGUUUGCCGACCCGGACCUCAACAACCCUUUCAAGGACCCAUCAGUUACACAAGUGACAAGAAAUGUCCCACCAGGACUUGAUGAAUACAAUCCAUUCUCAGAUUCUAGAACCCCUCCACCGGGCAAUGUGAAAAUGCCUAAUGUACCCAGUACACAGCCAGCAAUAAUGAAGCCAACAGAGGAACAUCCAGCUUAUACACAGAUUGCAAAGGAACAUGCCUUGGCCCAAGCUGAGCUUCUAAAGCGCCAGGAAGAACUAGAAAGAAAAGCAGCAGAGUUAGACCGUCGAGAACGAGAAAUGCAGAACCUCAGUCAACAUGGCAGAAAAAACAAUUGGCCACCUCUUCCUGACAAUUUUCCUGUUGGCCCUUGUUUUUAUCAGGAUUUUUCUGUAGACAUCCCUGUAGAAUUCCAAAAAACAGUAAAGAUUAUGUACUACUUAUGGAUGUUCCAUGCUGUGACACUGUUUCUAAAUAUCUUCGGAUGCUUGGCUUGGUUUUGUGUUGAUCCUCCAAGAGGGGUUGAUUUUGGAUUGAGUAUCCUGUGGUUCUUACUUUUUACUCCUUGUUCAUUUGUCUGUUGGUACAGACCACUUUACGGAGCUUUCAGGAGUGACAGUUCAUUCAGAUUCUUUGUAUUCUUUUUCGUCUAUAUUUGUCAGUUUGCUGUACAUGUACUCCAGGCUGCAGGAUUUCAUAAUUGGGGUAACUGUGGUUGGAUUUCAUCCCUUACUGGUCUCAACAAAAGUAUUCCUGUUGGAAUCAUGAUGAUAAUUAUAGCAGCACUUUUCACAGCAUCAGCAGUCAUCUCACUAGUUAUGUUUAAAAAGGUACAUGGACUGUAUCGCACAACAGGUGCUAGUUUUGAGAAGGCCCAGCAAGAGUUUGCAACAGGUGUGAUGUCCAACAAAACUGUCCAGACUGCAGCCGCAAAUGCAGCUUCAACUGCAGCAAGCAGUGCAGCUCAGAAUGCGUUCAAGGGGUUCAGCUUCUGAAGCAAUGACUCUCUAAUAUGGCUUGGGAGCAGAGAAACUCAAGAAAUUGUAGACCUGAGUCUAGGGGUCUUUGUAUUUAGCAGGC